CAGCUGCCGCAGGCGCAGGCUCGCCGCACUGCUUGGCUACUCCUCUCUGAACCAGGCAGGAUGCCUGCAGGGCAGAGGCAGACAGCAGCUGCAGGCAGGACGCUCCCUCCCCCUCACCUUUGUCACGGAGGUGGGAGCCCCUGCCAGGCACCCGAACCUCGAGGCUCUCUCAAAGGAACAGAGGUUUAAGUGUCUUUGUUCAUCUGCUGCCAGGUAGCUCCUCAUGAGCUCUCCAGCCACCUCGGGACUUUUCACACGUCCCAGAGGAGGCGGCCGCUGCCUCUGGUGGAGUCGACCUGUGACACAGAUCUAUCUCCAAGGGGCAAAAAAACGGAUAGCAGGAGUGUGUGAAACCCAGGAGAAAGGUGCCUCUAAGUUGUCACCUUGCCCUCCCUCUUCAAGUCCCUUUUGAAGCUUGCCUGUUGUAUGGCUGUCCUCCGGAGGAAAACUAAAACAAAAACAAACAAAAAACCCCACCACCCAGGACAAAGGGCUAAUUCUGCCAGGAAGAACCCUACAAAAUGCUGGCCCACCCUGAGCUAGACCACUGGAGACACCUGGGAUUCUAAGGAUUUGACAUGAACCUGGCAUCAAAGUCUCCCUUUUGGUUCGGAAACCUACCGGCAUGCCCAGCCUCGAGUGCAGCAUUCAACCUUUGUGAGCCCAGACUCUCCAUCCAGAAAGUGAGGUUCUGAGGUUCUUACGUCUAUAGAAAAUAUUAUCCAAGACAUAAUCAAAAGCUUGGCAAGAAAUGAAGCGCCCGCCUUCACAAUAGACAACAGAUCGAGCUGGGAAAACAUGACGUUCGAAGAUGCUUUUGGCCUUCAGAUGAGACCUCAGUGUACCACAAGAAAAAUCAAAAGCGAUUCACUAAGAUCAGUUAGAAAAUUUGCUCUAAUUCUGAAAAUAUUGUCCAUGAUUUAUAAAUUAAUACAGAGCAACACUUACGCAACCAAGAGAGACAUAUACUACACUGAGAGCCAGCUCUUCAGGAACCAGGCUGCAGUGGACAGCAUUAUAGAUGACAUUUCCUGUAUGCUGAAAGUGCCCAGGAGGAGUCUGCAUGUGAUAUCUACAUCGAAGGGAUUGAUUGCUGGCAACUUGAGAUACGUGGAGGAAGAUGGUACCCAAGUCCAGUGCAUGUGUAGUGCCACGGCUACUGCUGUGCCAUCUAACAUUCAAGGGAUGCAGAAUCUGGUCACAGAUGCGAAGUUUCUGCUAAUCGUAGAGAAGGAUGCAACAUUUCAGCGGCUCCUGGACGACAACUUCUGCAGCAGGAUGUCCCCGUGCAUCAUGGUUACGGGAAAGGGUACUCCAGAUCUGAACACGAGGCUCUUGGUAAAGAAGCUGUGGGACACCUUUCAUAUUCCUGUCUUCACACUGGUAGAUGCUGACCCCUACGGCAUCGAGAUAAUGUGCAUCUAUAAGUACGGAUCCAUGUCCAUGUCUUUUGAAGCCCACAAUCUCACUGUCCCAACAAUCAGAUGGCUUGGUCUCCUCCCUUCUGAUAUUAAAAGGUUAAAUAUACCUAAGGAUAGUUUGAUCCCACUGACAAGGCGUGACCAGAUGAAGCUGGACAGUAUCCUGAGGAGGCCUUACAUUACCUAUCACCCCUUCUGGAAAAAAGAGCACAGCUUGUGCAGCAUGAAAUGUCUCACUAGUAACAGAAUGCAAGCGGCCCUGAGAGGGGGCAACGAAAGGGUCACAAGGCGCCGUUUGCUAGUACUUCCUCUUGCCUCAUGUACAGGCACCUUGCCCUGUUAAUGCAUCCUUGAAACUAAUAAAACUUAUUAUAAAUAAGUA